UAUAUGUUUUCCUUCUGUCAAGCCUUGGAACUCUGUUGCUUCAGGGAGUGGCUUCUUCCGAAUUGGUGGGAAUAAUUUACUGGGUUGAAUAAAUAGUUACUCCACACAUCAGGGACUGGUACUGAGUCUUGGAGGUAAGACAGUGACAGUUUCACAAGAGAACCCAGGACACCAGUACCAUGGCUGGAAAGCCCAAACUUCACUACUACAAUGGCCGGGGCAGGAUGGAGUCCAUCCGGUGGUUGUUGGCUGCAGCUGGAGUGGAGUUUGAAGAGAAGUUUAUACAGACUCGAGAAGACUUGAAUAGGAUAAAAAACGAUGAAAGUUACAUGUUCCAGCAAGUGCCCAUGGUUGAGAUUGAUGGAAUGAAGCUCGUGCAAACCAGAGCCAUCCUCAACUACGUUUCCAACAAACACAAUCUCUAUGGGAAAGACAUGAAGGAGAGAGCCCUGAUUGAUAUGUAUGCGGAAGGUGUGGCAGAUUUGAAUGAAAUGAUCCUUGUCUUCCCUAUUCAACCACCUGACGUAAAAGAGACAAAACUUGCAGAGAUCAAAGAGAAAGCAAAGAACCGUUAUUUUCCUGCCUUUGAAAAGGUGCUCAAGAGCCAUGGACAAGACUACCUGGUUGGCAACAAGCUGAGCAAGGCUGAUAUUCUCCUGGUGGAGGCUCUCUACAAUGUGGAAGAGCUGGAUUCCAGUGCCAUCACCAACUUUCCUCUGCUUCAGGCCCUCAAGACCAGAGUCAGCAGCCUUCCCACUGUGAAGAAGUUCCUGCAGCCUGGCAGCCAGAGGAAGCCGCCUGUGACUGAGAAAAUGUUAGAAGAAGCAAAGAAGAUUUUCAUGUAAAUAUAGCAGGUGUAGAAGAAAAUAAGCUCAUGUCAACCAGUAUUCUGAAAUUUAUACCAUUGAAAUACAUUCCUUGUAUGUUGAACAAGUUAGUAAAUAAUUUUCAAGUGA